CAAAAGCGAUGGGUCGGCUGUUCUUGAUCCCAUAGGCCUACCGCACAGAUUACCCAGCAGUACGCAGCAAACAUCUCAGGCAGGAAUACAGCAUAUAGGCCUACCCACUGAUUACUGGAGUUAGAGUCGCACAGCUUGACCAUACUUUGCUUGCAUCAACGUGCAGCCAUCACUGCUAUCAUGGGAUGCUGCUUCAGAAAACACACAGACGCAGGCACUCAAGGUCAAGUGGGCGAGUCAACGGCCCAAGACGCUGCCGCCAAGGAAGAGGAGGGCAGUGGGCUAAACGCAGAAAUGACACCGGAAAGUCCAGAUGAAGUGUACCUCCCAAACCCAGAGAGCCCAGGUAAUGUAGUGGACUUUGGAAUAAAACUUCAGGUCAUCGACGGAGAGUUCGCCCUGAAUGACAUAGUGGAAAAUGGUCUAGCUCAGGCGGCUGGAAUCGAGAAUGGCGAUGUGCUGGUGGACAUCAACGGUGCGAACAUCGAGGCGUGCAGUGCCCAAUAUAUCUUAGAUAUCCUCCGUACAAAAGUGAAGCCCAAGCUUCUCUUGGCCGUAAAGCGCACAUCGGAUGAUGGAAAGGUCGUGUUUGUGUGGAGUUUCUUCGAAGUGGUCAUUCAAGGAAAUCACCCAGCAGUGAAUGUUAUUCAGUUAACAAAGACAGAGGAGAACGUCAUGCCUUGGAUUGACAUCAAACAAUCUGCUGUCUCCGGAUUCGACUGGCUCGGGCCUCCGGUACUUCAGUGUGACUUAUUCAUAAACGAAGACAACGAACAACUUUAUCUGAGCAUCGUUGACAGCGUGGUAGAAUUUGUUGCUACCUACAACAAGAGCCAAAGUGCGUUCUACAGGUAUGUCUACGCGGGUUCAGGUGAACCAGGUAACGGCACUGUAAUCGUAUACUCGCUUCAGGAGCCCGAGAAGCCGGUUGCUCCGUCGACCACCCUGGCGGCUGAAGCCACCAAGUCUGACCCAAAGUUAGGUGUGACGGAUUUUCCGGAGAGCAUGUUGAGAGAUGGCGUUCCAUUGGACCCCCGUUUCUGGUAUGAACAGUUGCAAGGGGAUGAGGUAACUCUACAGAGUGUCCAGCAGUCUGGGUGGUACUUGUCGAAGAGUUCCUCUAGUAAUGUUGCAGAUCUGUCCCAAAAAUCGAUGGAAAUGACGAGGGUGUACGCAAAUUAGCACACAGAGGGCGCCCUGAAGCCUUACUACGAUGGAGAAUGACAGUUACAGAUGCUCUUCUAUAUCCAGAGAUGACCACCCCGUGAAAGUAGAGCUAAAGUCCGUCGCCGCUCCAUUUGAAGAAAAAAGGACACCUAUCAUAAGUUACAAGGUAGAACAUACUUAGGUUCAGUUUCAUGCAAAUAUUGCAUCGAAACUGGCUCCUUCCCGUCGUCCACUGUUAGGAUUUUGUUCAUGGGUCCUACCUUCGAACAAUUGUGGCAGCGGGAGCCAGGCAUUCCCUGAUAGAAGUUCAUUAGUACACUUGCGCGCGCAUUCUCUUUUUAUCAGCGGGGGCGGGGAAAUUCCCCUCCCCACGGGGGCAAAAAGCUUCAUACUUUUCAAAGAAGUAGAAUAUAUUACAAGUGGUACUUUAUAGCACAGGGGGAGUUGAGGAUUUCUAUACUAACGACCAGUAUGGACAAAUAAAUUUCAGAAAAAAAUCCCUAAUUUACUUCCUUUAUGUUUCAAAUCUGAAUACGCCACGAUGGCCUUGUAACAGGCCACUGAGCAUCUCAACCAAUAUAAGUGAGCAUAAAAAUUAUGACGCAAGUUAUGAGACCCCCCUGCUUUUUGUUGGUCACUGUUUCACUGGAAUCUGAGGAAUUCAGACAUUUAGGGGGGGGGUGUUAGGUAACAAUCGUCUGGAGUGUAUAGGCAUUGGACAUGUGGGAGGGGGGGUACCCCUCGCUCUCAUUUCUCGCUGGAUAUAUUAGUGAGGAUCGCACACGAUUAAUGUGGGAGAGCGGAAAGAUUAGGGAAAACUCAGGUUAAUCCUCAGUUUGGUCUCUGCAGACGGUUGGUGAUUUCCAAUAUUUUGUAUAGGCAAGCUGACUUCCACUGUCCGCCGUGCAGUUUGCUCUACAUUGCGGCAAAAUGUCACCGUUGUUUAAAAUGGAUACACUAUUUGCAGACUCGUAUCAUAGAGAACGAUGGAACUUUAAAUAAAAGGCAAAAGUGACAGAUGUUGCGUUCGUGCUUUUGGUACAGUUAACCAUUUUAAUUAGUGGGAGAAAAUUCUACAUCUUUUAUGGAAUUUUGACUGAAUCUUUUUCAAUCGGGCCAUUCCAUGAGGUUGGAGCAAUUUGUGGCGGUGUCCAUAAUAUUGUUACAUGGGUACCGUAAAAAUGAACAGCUAUUUCCCUUCAUGUGGAUUCCAAAUUGACAUUGUUAUGAAUCUUACAAGGCUGAAAACAGAGGUGUGUGUUAUUUUACAGAUUAUGACAGGUCAUGACAAGUGGUAAAAGUUACCCAUGUAACAAGGACGCCGUCAUAAAUUGUGCCCCAACCUCAAGGAAUGACCCAAUCGUAUAUUCCUAUAAGAAGUAUAGGCUGAUUUUGAUGUUUCCAACUUCGAAUGAAGCGUACCCCCUCAAAACAAUUGAUAUUUAUAGAAAUUAGUAUGUAUCUUUGAAAAAAUCGCCGAAAAAGGCUCUAGUUUGUACAUACACUUAUGGGUUUUUCCUGACGACAAUUGGAAAAAUAGAUGUUUGAACAAAGCUCUUGGAAUAUAAUUUUUUUCAUCGUGGAUUUUUUUUAUUUGCAUUUGGUAAUUUUAAUUAAGGGAUAUCCGGCGUAUUUGCGCAACUGUCAGCUUUUUUGUAUGAGCCGGUGGUUUUCCACUUCCGAGGGAAAUGCGUUUGACAGUUUAGACUUUUGACCAUGCAGUUUAUAAAUAGCCAAGUGAAUGUCACUUCUUGCAAAGAAAGAAACACGUGCUUAGAUCGGACUUUUUGUACAACUUUUUUGUUUUCGCUUACUAAGAAAGUAUAGAAAUGUACGCUACGAAAUUUGGUAAACUUCCCUCGAAAUUUCGCACCAUUUUUGUUUUUGUCGGAUGUGAUGAGAUGGCCAGAAAAACGCUUGAUCGACACUUAUCGCAGGUUUUUGAGACUUUGAACACGCUAACGAUAUACCUAAAAAAAGAUGAUUUUUAUUACAUUAAAAAGAUACUUAUUGUCUAUGUUGCGCCAAUCUGGCUUGAAUUUCGUAACGUGAACAAUCAAAGAAAUCAACUAAGAGCGCGCUUCGAGGAUUUUUAACCCCGUAUAUAGAUAAAAGUAUGAGAGGGAAAGUCGGAUAGGACUCGAGAAGAUAUAAGUUACAGAUGUGUUUGGGUUUGGGUAGUAAACCAACAUUUUCAUGUGAGAAAAUAGAUGUCAUAUGUUUUUGGAAUUUGACUUUAUUAUUUCGCGUCAUUAUAUAAGUCUGUUCUUAUACUAAAGAGACAUUACUGUCAAUGUGAUAUUUAUGGUUGCAGACCCAUAAAUAUCACAUUAUAUUUGAUGUUUCAAAUAUUGAGGAAUGAGCGCAUCCUCCAAAAGGGGUUGAUAUUGACAAUUCCUGUGACAAAAAUAGUUUGUAGGGAUUGAAAUGUAUCAAUAUACAUACAGUACAUAAAAAAGGGAGAAAUGAAGUCAGAGUUUUUUCUGUGCUAAAGUUCCGUGAGAUCUGAUUUCUUUGGUAGUUGAGUUUUGAUGCAUAUUAGGCAAUUUUAAGGUAUUUCCGAAGUCAGUGGUAUUUUGAUAGUCUGUGGUUUUCCACUUCCCAUGUAAAUCAGAUGCCCCCCAAAAAGAUCGUCAGUGUUUCAUGCAAAAGUGAAAAAAAAAAUCCCCACGUACACUUCGCAACAAUGUCCAGUUUGAAAUAUUUCACGACAAAUUUUGUGCUAUUGUGUAAUUAGCAGUGAUGACGUGGUCCUAUUUGUCACAUUUAGUGGAAACGAAAAACAAGAAAUAAACAAAAACAAUGGACUGGA